AUGCUUUUAGACUUGAAUGAAGAAAUUUUCGAGAGCACAGAGAUAAGAAAACUAAAUCCUAAGAAAUCGCAACUCGAAAAGCAAAGAAUCCAAAUUUUCAAGCUAUUUGGCAAAAUAUUUAAGCCAAAGUAUACCAAAAACAGCCAAAUGAGGUCACAAAUUACUUUUGAAAGUUUGCUUAAUACAAUAGUGGCAUUCCAAAUGAUAGCACUAACAUGAUAUCCAGAUAUGAAAAUUAAUAGAUGGAAUCGUUAUUCAGCUUUCUGGUGGUUCGUAACCUAUUUCAACAUAAACAAUUUUUGUGAUAUUUUAAGCACUACUGACUAUUGCUUAUAUGGAACAUUUUCCAUCUUAGGUUGCUGCAGCCUCACAAUUUUAAUAAUUUUUUUGUUAGAUUUCGCCCGGCUUAAAAUCCCCAAACUUUUUAUAUUGGUUUUGAGGGCCUUGCUGCUGGCUUGAGUAACUGUUUUAUUUAUUCCUUCAAUGAUUGAACUUGCAAUGAUUUUUAAAUACUCAACUUUUAUCUGUGAUGAAAUUGAUGAGUUUUCUUACAAUAAAGAUCCUUCUAUAAUGAAUUAUGGACUUGCAGGUGCACUUUUUAGUGUAUUUUUCAUUAUUUUCUUAUUCCUAAUGUCUAUGUUUUGAACAUUAUUUACAGGAGACACUCGGCAUACUUUUUGUGACAAAAAUUUGGCUGCAAGAGCCCAUUCUUCAGUUGACUUAAAGCUUUUGGCAUUUAGGACUAUAUUAAGCAUAUCAUAUGUGCUAUUUGGAAGUUUUAAUCACUAUAAUUAUCUUUAUCCCUCUUAAAUGUAUAAGUCAGCUCACUGUAGAGUUAAUAAUCCUUAAUACCUUCCCUAACUUUUCUUAGCCUGCUGGCCUGCUCUCGCUUCGCAGCAUCACAAAUGUUACCCAUUACGGAAACAGCUUGCACUCGUUAUUGGGAAAUCAAAAGAUUUUUGGCAUGUACAGCGCUUGCUUCCAUGGAAAAUUCAAAAUAUCGAAUUAUCUGAUCAGGAAAACGAAGCAAUCCUGGUAUCAUAAUGAAAAUUUUCCGAUUGGUCAAGAAACAUCCUCUGGCUGGAAGAUCCCUUCCAACUUCGUGCUCUGUUCUCAGGAGGAGGAAAAACCUGCCCCAGAAUUGAAAUUUGUCUGAUCAGCUCAUACGCCACUUCUCAGAUCAAUUAAAACCUUCUAUGAUGCACAAAUCCUCCGCACAUACCCUACCUCAAGGUUCUGACGACACUGACGCACCAGCUGCAGGACUUAAGAGGGCAUUCGAUUCGACAUUUUAAUUAAAUGCUCACUAUAAUUAUCAAAUAGUCUUCUUGAUUGGCUCAUUUAGCAUCUAUUUACAAUUUUUAGCAAAAUUGCCUUAUUAUAACAAAAUAGAGAACUGCAUAAAAACUUGCAAAGUAUUUUCCAUUUCAAUGGCAUUUGUUGCUAUUUUACUCGCAACUAUUUUUGAUGAUGCAGGGAUUGCUUUUAUGCUUAAUAUUUUUAUGCAACCUGUGCUGGCUGUUAUAAAUAUAUGAAUCGUUAGCAAAAGAGCAAGUAUUGUCAGCUGCUCUAAAAUAAAUUUUAGAAAUCAAUAUAGGUUUGAACAGACUAUAAGGCAUUUACUUUGUGAUAAAAAUUUAGAAAAUAAGCUGAAUGUGAUAGAUUAUUUCAUAGCAUGCUUUAACCAUAAAAAAAUGGCUAACUAACUCCCCCCCCGUGUGAGUGAACAAAAAAAUUUUGUUCACUCACGGAGGGGGGUUAAUUUUUUUUUUUUAAAAAAUUUAUAUAUAUAAUUUUAUAAAAAAUAUUUUUUUUUUUGAAAUUUAAAAAAAUUUAAUUCGUAAAAAUUGGAAAGCAAAUAUUAAUUUAAUUUAUAAAAUUUAUGUUUUAAAAAGCAAUUCGUUUAAAAUUAAACAGAAUUAGCUCUAGAUUUCAUUAUACUAAUUAUCAUUUAUAUAUCAAUUUUUUUUUCCAUAAAAAUUUUUUCUAUUACAAAAAUUUUUGUUCACUCACGGAGGGUGGGUGUUUGGGCAAAAAAUAGGGAUUUUUCUAAUGGUUAUGUUCACUCACGGAGGGGGGGAGUAAGGAUAAACUGUUAGUUAUUUGAGAAGUCAAUUUUUGCUCAUUUUCUAUAAAGGAUGAAAAACUCGCAAGGAUAAAACUAACCAAAAUAAACUCAGUCUUACCCACACUUGAAGGAUAUGUUCAAGAAUGAAAAACACAAAAAAUUAUUGAUAAAAGAGAUAACACGUCUAUGGAUGCUCAUUAUAUCAGAUAUUUAGAAGAUUUAAACAAAGUGAGACAAAUGGAUAGCGAAAUCUGCUUUGAGUUAAUAGAUUUAUGGUCUGAGUUUUCAGAUAAAGUUCCAGAGUAUAGCAAAAUUUAUCACCUUUCAAUGAGAAGCUCUAGUCUCUUGGCAAGCACCAAAGAAUUUUAUGAGAAAUUAAUAUUGAAGUAUAAGCAUGUUGAGCUUUAUGACCUUUAUAUAACUUUUAUAGAAAAUAUUUUGAGAGAAAAUGAACUUAAUCUUAAUUAUAGUAGGUUUCAGCUUAUUGGCUACGCAAUCUGCAAGGACCCAUAAGGAUUCAUCUGCUUUGCGACGCAGCCGGUCAAGUUUGGUUUGGUUGAGAUAAUUAUACCAGCGAGAAAAGGAUUAUCACCAUCUUGCUCCUCUUUAAACCCCUAAUGCCAUGAGACAUCCGAAGUGUUUGCUCUUAUUCUUGCGUCUGCUUCUUGCCUUUAGAUCUAUUGCUGAGAGAGACUAUGGACUUCCGAACACUGCGAGAAUUUCUUAUCUAGAAUUGCUGCCCAUUCUGAGUUGGCAAACCUGCGAGAGAAAAUGAUCAAAAUAAUGUGAUUUAUAGACUCAAAAGUGCUAUAAGUCGGCAAUUAAACUUUUCAACAAGCUUAGACUCAAAAUUUGGUUCCAAUGAAGAAAACUCUGGGAUUAUGCUUGUGUCUGCUAAUGAAGAUUCAUUCGGAUUCAUUACUUAUGCAAAUGAAAAGGCUUCUCAGAUAUUGAAAGGAACAAUGUCUGAUGUUAUAGGAAGCCAUUUGCGCUAUUAUAUUCCUGACCCUUAUUCAUAUAAUCAUGAUACCAUUAUGAAAGAGUAUUUCAUUAACUAUAAAACAGAAGAAUUAGCCCAUAAAGGCUGGUUUUUCCUUCAAAACAGUCUUGGAAGUUUAAUUGAAUGCGGCUUUUCGAUCAAAUUAACCGCAUUUCAUAAUAAUGCUUAUUUUUUAGUAACCUUAAUACCAAGAAUCACUAAUAGACAAUUUGCAUUGGUGUCUGAGGAAGGCCUUAUAUAUAGCAGCACUGAGCUAUUCUCCUAUUUCAUAGGGGCAAAUCAGCCAAAUUUAAAAAAUGUUUAUUUAUCUGAGAUUAUUCCUAGUUUAGAUAUUACAUCUCUGAAAAUUUUUGAGCCAAUUUUGAUAAGGAAAAAUGGUAAAAAAUUCGCAAUAGUUCAUACAAUUAAAAAAGUGGGACUGACUGCAAUUCAUAGGAUCAUAGUUGUUCAUGACGAAAAAGAGAUAAAAUUAUGAAGAAAUGGGCAAGAUAUCGAUCAAAUUGAAUAUUUUGAAAAAGUCCAUAUAAAAGACGAAAAAGAAGAAAAAAUGAACCAAGAAAUGCUAUCUCAGGAGGCCGCUGAUAGCACGCCGAAUGUGAGAUUUGAAAAAGCUAUAGCGUUUAGAUCAUUAGAAAAUGAUAAAAGCGAUAGCAAAGAUUCAGAAUCACAUAGGCUUCUUGAUGAAACAAUGAAAGACAAUCCAAGCCACUUAGACAAUACUGAAGAAAGGUCAGCUUCAAAUUUUCAAGGAAGCAACCUUCAAAAUUCUUCUACUAGUAAUUCAUAUUUAGCUAUUGCAAAUAAAAGCAUUGACGUUUUAUCUAGAAAGUUAAGACUUUUUCAACAAAUUUUGUUGAUAUGUGUAAUUUUUAUAUAGAUAUUAGCCGUUAUCAGCGCAAAUAUAGCAGUGCUUGUAUAUAUUUAUCAGGUGACAUCCCAUUCAAGCUCUCUUGACGUAUUUUCUCACAUGGGAAACCUAAUGUUCCAUCUUGUAUAUUCAGCUGAUUUAACAAGAUCAAUAGAUUCAGCAAAAAGAUUUGGAAUUUAUAAUGAAACUCGGGAUGUAGGGUAUCUUAAAUAUACCCUUGGAGAGUUAAAGAAGCUUAUUCCCUCUCUGUGAGCGAGCAAAAAAUUUUAUUUGCUCACGAGGGGGUAAAUUUUUUUUCUUUAAAAUUUAUAUAUAAAUAUAUUCGUAAAUUUUUUCAAAAAAUCCAAUUGACGAAGCAAAUAUUAAUUUAAAUUUGUAAAAUUUAUGUUUUAAAUGCAUACAUAAAAUGGCCGGAGACGAGCGACCCGUCCCUUCGCGGCGGGUGUCCUUAUGAAUACCGGACGUGGUUUUUGGAUGCGGAGAGCUACUCAAGGGAAGAGUUAGCCUCGAGGCGAGAGGCCCAGCCCAAUUUCGCUGAUUUUGGGACUUGACCCGGGCAGCAGUUUUUCGCAUUCUUUUUGCCAGUAGCGCCGAGGCCCAGACUCGGUGUCCGAAAGAGGCAGGGUGAAUUACCUGCUAGGGCUACUUGGUGGCUUAGCCCCGAAUCCCGCAAGGGGUUGAGUUUUUUCUUGGAGAUGAUCCGGGAAAAAGGGGAGGCGAAGCUAGACUAGAUCUUAAGGGCGCAAAAGUCUCUCCAGUUAAAAGGGUCCUCCAAGGAGGGCGAUCUGGCCAACCGGAGGCAAAGACUGGCGUAACUCGGGGCGGAAGGCUGAGUUGGAAAUGGUGGUGCCCAGCAACAGUCGGCUGACGACUCAUUAGGGCAACCCACUACCGAGAAACCGGGGGUUUCGGCCGGGCUCAGAGAACCAGUGAUGGAAGUCCAUCCUUUUCGCUCGUGCCAGCACGGCUCCUCAAGGAGCGCGGAGGAAUGCCACGCUUGGAAGUAGGGACUAUAAAUACACAGCAUAUUCUAAUCUAAUCUAAUCUAAUGUUUUAAAAUGCAAACUGUUUAAUUAAGCAGAUUUCAUUUUAACAAUAAUUACUUAGAUCAAAAUUUUAUGUUAAAAAAUUUUUUGUUCGCUCAGGAGAUGGAUUUUCACCUAAAAAUAGGGCGUUAUACCAACAGUUUUGUUCUCUUAAGGAGGGGGAAUUUAGAGAAUUCAUAUUAUCCGACUAUCAUGAGUGGAGCUAUUGUGAUAGUUCUUCUAUAGUUGUAAAAGAAGAAAUCCCUGUUUGGAUUUUUGAGCCAAAUCCUCAUAUAGAAAAAUUGAAUUUUUAUGAUGAAGUUACCUUGUUCAUUAAGCAUGGAGACAAUUUAGUAAAAAUGAUAGAAACAAAUGAAACUUAUUCAAAUAUCGAUACAAGAUUUUUCAAUCUAAAUAGUUUUGGGUUAACAUUCGAAAUCACGCUCAAGGCUAUGCAAGGAUUGGUGGACUGCGAAGUGAAUAGGGUUAUAGGGAUUGAAAAUGCCAUUACAUCAUGAAUUUUUAUUGGACUUGCGCUUUUAGCCACAUUCGUCGGAAUCCUUAUUGCCUACGUUGUUUAUAUGACAAAAAAUUAUGAUAGGUUUUGAAAUUUCAUUAAAAAAACGCUCAAGAUAUCUUAUCUUGAUUUAAAAGCAACUUAUAUCGAAAGGCUUUCGAAAAUACACGGAGUUGAUUAUGAGUCAGACCAAAACCAAGACCACCGCAGAAGUAAAAGGCCAACUAAAGAAAUAAGGUCUAGAAUUUACUUAAAAUAUAUAUGAAGACUAUCCAUAUUUUUGGUCAUAGCCUCAAGCUAUUACUUCAUCUUGAAAUUUCAUUUAUACGAUAGAUGUGAAACUUUUCUAAUAAAUAGACCCAAAUUGUUAUUAAAUCUUAUAUCAAAACGAACAUUAUUAUCCCGUAUGAGUGUAUUCGCAAGAGAUACCGCUUCUAAUAGCACUUUAAGGUGGGUUCCUAAUUCAUAUGCGGUUGCCAACUCCCAAAAAGAGUUCACCAUAAGUAAUGCUGAAUUUAAAAUUUCCAUUAAUAAGAUAAGAGAGAAAAGAUUCUUAAACUUAUUAGCAGAGGAUAUGAAAAACAAAAUUUUUGAAGCUUGAGAUUCAGAAAGUUACUAUUUGAAGCAAGGAACUUAUGCAGCUUGCAAUAUUAUGUAUAUAGAUUCUAAUUUCCAUCGUCAAAUAUAGGAGUUUUCCCUAUAUGGCCCGAUAAGGGCCGUGGGUUCUCCGUGGAAUCCCUCUGCUGGUUGAACCAGCCAGUGAAUUGGUCAAACCAACGCACUGAGUUGGUUUAACCAACAGAGGGAUUCCACUGAGAGCCCACAGUCCCUAUCGGCCAUAUAGGGAAAACUCCUAUAAAUUAUUUUUAAAAUUGCAUAUAAAAUAAUUUUUUCAGAUUAAGAAAUCAAAAUUAUAUAUUUGACAAAUUCUAAUUUUUACAAAUAAAUUUUUCUUUUAAAGCUCCAGCGGAAUAAAAUUUAAUAUAAUGUGUGUUAAGAUUUUGCAAUUAUAACCAACUUAUAUAUUAAAAGAUAGUUUACUCCAUAAAAUUGCACUUAAAAAUUGCUUUACUGCUGACCAAGGUGCUAAUUUUCAAAAAGAGGGAUUUUUAAUAAUUUUCUUGCUAAUCAAGAGUGGGAGUAAGUUUAUUUCAAAUGUAGGUCAGCCCGUUAUUUCUGAUUUUUCAAACUAUAUAGGAAAUGGAACGGCUAUCCAAAAAGCAUUGUGGACGGACUAUGAUAUCAUAGACCAAGACACGAAAGAUAUUAUAAAAAAUGAGCUAAACUUACUCAUUUAUGUGACUGUUAUAUUUUCUUCGGCUUUGGUUUUUGCUUUUUAAACCCAUGUAGCUGAUUUUCCAUAGGGCGUACAGGAAACCCAAGGAAGGUAGGAUUUUCGGUAAUGUGCAUUCAACAGUUUUUUUUCUGACAAUCCUAGGAAAGCUACCGUAAGCUUUAUUUCAACUCCAAGUCUUUUGCCUCAAAAGGAAAUGGGUCCGAGAGUUUGAAAGGGGUCUCUCAGCAGAGCCAGCGGUAUGUUUACUCGCUAUCGGGAUCAUUCUCAGUGUGAAACCAAGAGUUUCGCACUGGACUAAGGGUUUCAAGUUUGGGAGCAGACAAAGGAAGCCUAACGGUUGAAGAUAGUCCUUCAGAAAUUACAGUGGGCUUCUAAAUAAGUUUAAUAAGAUAAAUAAGGUUUUGCUUUUUGUAUUCUUUUAUCUUCCUUUCAUUUACACUGAGAAGGCUGUACUAGAAAAUCUGAAGGUGCUAAUAACAAUUAUACCAAGCUCCCGAGUAGAUCUUAAAGGUGAAAAGUGGUUUUAA